UCCGAAUUUUCUUAUUCGGACAGGGGCGGCGAAAAGUCAAGAGAGAGCUCCAAGUUUGAGGGAGAGAAACUCGGAAGCUCAAAUCUGCGUCCGGAAAAUCUGGGUUUUGGUUUUGGUUCAGGGAGAAUGAAAGCGGAUGAGAAGCUGAGUUGGGGUUUGGUGUCACCGUCCGGGGUGGCCUAUCAUUUCGGUACAAGUGGACUUUCCGUUGCGGUGGCUACCGCAGUAACUCACCCUUUAGAUGUGCUCAAAGUUAGGCUGCAAAUGCAACUUGUUGGGCAGAAAGGUCCUCUAACUGGAAUGGGACGAUUGUUUCUUCAAGUUCUUAAGAAUGAAGGACCAAGAUUUUUGUAUCUGGGAUUGACGCCUGCAUUGACAAGGUCUGUUCUUUAUGGAGGUCUCCGUUUAGGCUUGUAUGAACCCUCAAAGUAUGCCUGCAAUUGGGCGUUUGGGUCCAACAAUGUUUUUGUUAAGAUUGGAUCCGCGGGAUUUGGUGGUGCAAUCGCAACUGCACUGACGAAUCCAGUUGAGGUUUUGAAGGUGCGACUACAGAUGAAUCCGAACUUGAGGAAAGGUGCAGCUGGAGAAGUGCGUGCAAUCAUUGGUGAAGAGGGAGUGAAAGCUCUUUGGAAGGGUGUUGGCCCUGCUAUGGCUAGAGCUGCUACAUUGACUGCAUCACAACUUGCAACCUAUGACGAAACCAAGCGGAUGUUGAUUAGGUGGACACCACUUGAAGAAGGAUUCCAUCUACAUCUCACCUCAAGCACAGUUGCAGGCAUGGUGAGUACCCUCCUGACAGCACCUGUAGACAUGAUAAAAACCCGUCUCAUGCUGCAACAGGAAUCUGAAAGAGUUGGAAGCUAUAGAAAUGGAUUUCAUUGUGCAUAUCAGGUCCUGCGUACAGAAGGCCCAAGAGGUCUUUACAAGGGGAGCCUUGCAAUGUUUGCAAGAUUGGGUCCACAAACGACAAUUACCUUUGUAGUCUGUGAGAAGCUACGUGAGCUUGCUGGAUUGAAAGCAAUCUAAUCUAGCCUUGGGAUUGGGAGUCUGCAAUUGCCUAAUCUGACUCCUAUAUAUGAAAAAUUUGAUCUCUUCAAGUUCUCAGAUCAUGAAAAUACCCAUUUUUGGUUUGUCAUUUUUUACUAGCGGCUUUGUUCGACUUUGUAGCUGAUUUUUGAAGUACCACUAUGAAGGGAAUCUGUUUGAGAAUGAUGUCCCUGCAUAUCAUCAUACCCCAUUAGGAGGGUCCAAUUAUUUGAUCAGGUUAUUUUGUGUACCAUAAUCCAUCCAACAUUUUUAAAUCACCUGGAUGUAUCCGAUUGAACAGAACAGUAUCUUCAAGAACUGUUAUACUUCUGUCUUCAUGUUAUGUUGCAAUAAAAGAAAUGUAGUUUCAUUGUGUUA